AUGUCCGUCCUUGCACGAGCAGCGUGGUCUUUGCUAGUGGCUCACUUCCUUGCGAGUCAUGACAUAGUCUAUGGCGUCGUGAUCAACAGCGCAGUACCCUCUGCGGGUGGUGAGGCUGUCACAAGCCCAACGCAAGUUGCAGGCCCAACUAACGCUGUGAUACCCUCUCGCACUCGCCUAGACUUCGAUACUAUGGAUGUGUCAACGUUAUUGGCUCGACUUCACCAGCAAAGUGUGGAGGAGCAUGCCCAUGCCCAUCUGGGACUCACAGAGAUCGCUUCGCUUAGCACAGCAUGCAAGGCAGCUUGUCAGUUCACCACGAUUCUUGUGGUCUACCAGACUCGAACGAUGAACGGCAACGCCAACGAAGAAGAGCACUUUGACCUCCAGAACCACCAUAUUUUCACCAGAGAUCGGAGACUAGUGAGCGAGCCGAUAAAUCUGGAGGGUCAAGAAGGUUUUACUCCUCACGCUCUCGUCAUCUCCUGUCAUCCUUUCGAACAAUCCAACAAGGACUUUCUUGGAAUCCAUGUACUAUUCGAUUCAAGGCUGAUCACCAAGCUUACUGCUGAGACUGUGCUCAAUGGUUUCUCUACGUUGCUUCAUAACAUCCUCGCGUGUUCGCCUGAAACACCACUCCGCAGCUUGUCGGCGCUGUCUGGAGCACCUAACUAUGGACCAUCUUCGCUCCCUGGCGGAAUUGGCGAAGCGCCUGAGCCUGUAUCAGCUUUUGCACACGAGUUGAUCAGCUCAUCAGCCAUGUUGCGGCCGCAAGACGAAGCUAUCCACAGUUGGGACGGGUCUAUGACCUAUUACGAACUCGAAUGUUCAUCUUCGGCAAUGGCGACCAAAUUAGCUGCGGCGCAACAGACAUCAGCGGACGAGUGGGGAGUCGCUUUCAUGCUGGAUCGAUCCAAGCACGCACUGAUCACGAUACUGGCGAUACUGAAAGCCGGAUGCUUUUUCGUACCGCUCGACCCUCAGCAUCCAAUCAUUAGGCUCCAGAAUAUCCUUCGCACGGUCAAUGUAUCGAUGAUUGUGUCGCAGGAGAAGUAUCAAUCCAUUCUGCAAGAGCUGCCGUGCAACCAUCUACUGGUCGAGGACGUCGACUUUCGGCGACCGGCGCAUGAGAACAACACCUUCGCCUCCCAGACGGAAGAGAUGCAACGUAUACAAGACUGCGUCCGUGUUCGCCGCAAGGAUUGCGAUCCAGCGUUUUGUACGAGCUACGUGAUAUUCACAUCAGGCUCGACAGGACAGCCUAAAGGAGUUGUUAUCAAACAUGAAGCACUGAGUACUGCACUUGUGGCUCUUGGUCGAUCUCCGCCCUUACCGGAGCGAUCAAGAUUUCUCCACAUCGGGAACUACGUUUUUGAUGUCGCCAUCUAUGAGAUACUUGUGACAUUGCUCUACGGCGGUACCGUAUGCAUUCCUUCGGAGCAUGAACGCCAUUUCGACUUGGAAGGCUUUAUUGGCAGCGCUCGUGUCACGGAUGCUGCCACGACUCCCUCUGUCUCCCGUGCCCUUGAUUGCGAAAAGAUAUGUAAGUCUACAGGGCUGCAAAGACUGCGACUGGGAGGUAAAGCGGUUGGACUGCAGGGUCGCAUUCGCUGGAACAGACCCGAGUCCGAUCUUCCACUUCACUGCAUCUACGGCAUCACUGAGGCAGCCAUAGCCAAUUUUCACCAUCCAGUACGUGGAAAUGACGUGAUAUAUCCACGACUGAUUGGCAAGCCGAUCAAUUGUAAGGCUUGGGUCCGGAGUGUUCACAACCCAUCGGAGCUCGCGCUACCAGAAGCCGUGGGCGAACUGUGCCUCGAGGGGCCUGUGCUGGCCGCAGGCUAUCUGUGCGAUCCCGUCAGGACUGCAGAAGUCUUCGUUACAGAGCCUGUAUGGCUGCCAAAAGAUCGUGCUCAUGAGUUGAACAAAUACAGUGCGUCCAAACGAAGAAUCUAUUGCACCAGAGACCUGGUGUACGCGGACCACCAACGCCAGACUGUAAGCUUCGUUCGCCGAAAAGACGACAGCCGUCAGUUCAAGCUUCGAGGACUACGCAUAGAUCUGCAAGAGAUCGAAAAUGCAAUCGAGAACGUAUCCGCCGCAGGUGUUGCUGUGGAAUUAUUGACACCUCCCGGCGAACAGCCGUUCCUAUGUGCAUGCGUGCAUUGCACUGAGCUGGGGAACAGUAAAACUCCAAGAACGCCAUUCAACUUGCGGGACAUGCGGGAUGCUUUGGCGCAGACACUACCGAGCUUCAUGAUGCCGAGCUACUUCGUCAGCUUGUCCUCAAUUCCAUUGAGUGCUGUUGGCAAACGAGACCAUACUGCAUUGCGCGCAAUGAUGGAAUCCGCUAUUGUGUCGGAGCGUGCUUCGUCCCGGUCCUUGGAUACUGUAUUGCUCACGGAAUAG